AAGUUACAAAUAGUUGUAAUCCCUUGUGCUUCUUUAGAUAAAUGUUUGUGAAUCUCAAGUUCUGAUACAGUUAUCGUAAUAAUAAUUAAGGUUUUUUUGAGAAGUUAUAAAUGAUUUGUUUUCAAAGGAGGUAAAUAUCGUGUUCCAUGACAAUCUGUCAGGACCUGGGAGACGCUGCUUCUUCCGCCCUGGCCUGGCCAUAGCAGAAAGUAUCUGUUGCAGUCAUGUCGGCUGCGAUUGCAGCUCUAGCUGCUUCGUAUGGCUCGGGUUCUGGCUCCGAAUCGGACUCGGACAGUGAGGGCAGUCGGUGUCCGCUGCCAGCCGCGGACUCUCUCAUGCACUUGACCAAAUCGCCUUCAGCCAAGCCCUCUCUGACCGUGGCGGUGGACUCGGCUCCGGAGGUGGCAGUUAAGGAAGAUCUGGAGACUGGAGUGCACCUUGACCCUGCUGUCAAAGAAGUUCAAUAUAAUCCGACCUAUGAGACCAUGUUUGCUCCUGAGUUUGGACCAGAGAAUCCCUUUCGAACCCAGCAAAUGGCUGCCCCUAGAAAUAUGCUGUCCGGGUACGCCGAGCCAGCGCAUAUCAAUGACUUCAUGUUUGAACAGCAAAGAAGGACGUUUGCCACAUACGGCUAUGCGCUGGACCCUUCGUUAGAUAAUCAUCAGGUGUCUGCUAAAUAUAUUGGCUCUGUGGAAGAAGCGGAGAAGAAUCAAGGCUUAACUGUAUUUGAAACUGGUCAGAAGAAAACAGAAAAGAGGAAAAAGUUCAAAGAAAACGAUGCAUCUAAUAUUGAUGGUUUCUUGGGACCGUGGGCAAAAUACGUGGACGAAAAAGAUGUGGCCAAGCCUUCAGAAGAAGAACAAAAGGAAUUGGAUGAGAUCACGGCAAAGAGGCAGAAAAAAGGCAAACAGGAAGAAGAGAAACCUGGGGAGGAGAAGACGAUCCUGCAUGUUAAAGAAAUGUAUGACUAUCAAGGCCGGUCCUACCUUCACAUACCUCAGGAUGUUGGCGUUAAUCUACGGUCAACUGUGCCGCCUGAAAAAUGUUACCUUCCCAAAAAACAAAUCCAUGUGUGGUCUGGACACACAAAGGGUGUCAGUGCUGUCAGGCUCUUCCCUCUGUCUGGACAUUUGUUGCUGUCCUGCUCCAUGGACUGUAAAAUUAAGCUAUGGGAAGUUUAUGGAGACCGGCGCUGUCUGAGAACAUUUAUUGGUCACAGUAAAGCUGUGAGAGACAUCUGCUUCAACACUGCGGGAACACAGUUCCUCAGCGCGGCCUACGACAGGUACCUUAAACUCUGGGACACCGAGACAGGACAGUGUAUAUCAAGAUUUACAAACCGCAAAGUACCCUACUGCGUCAAGUUCAAUCCCGAUGAAGAUAAGCAAAAUCUCUUUGUGGCCGGGAUGUCCGAUAAAAAGAUCGUACAGUGGGACAUUCGCAGUGGAGAGAUUGUUCAAGAAUAUGACCGGCAUUUGGGGGCUGUCAACACCAUUGUCUUUGUUGAUGAGAACCGAAGGUUUGUGAGCACAUCGGAUGAUAAAAGCCUGCGAGUGUGGGAAUGGGAUAUCCCUGUGGAUUUUAAGUACAUAGCAGAGCCCAGCAUGCACUCGAUGCCCGCCGUGACUUUGUCUCCAAAUGGGAAAUGGCUAGCAUGCCAGUCAAUGGAUAACCAAAUCUUAAUCUUUGGAGCACAGAACCGAUUCAGAUUAAAUAAGAAGAAGAUUUUUAAGGGGCACAUGGUAGCCGGCUACGCUUGUCAGGUGGACUUCUCCCCAGACAUGAGCUACGUGAUCUCAGGAGACGGAAAUGGGAAACUAAACAUUUGGGACUGGAAGACCACAAAACUGUACAGUCGCUUUAAGGCCCAUGACAAAGUGUGCAUAGGUGCUGUGUGGCACCCUCAUGAGACAUCCAAGGUCAUCACGUGCGGAUGGGAUGGCCUCAUCAAGUUGUGGGACUAAUGGGACUGGUCCUCUCACUGUCUGGGAUCAUUGUUGAUCCAGCGUCAUAUUUAACUAUUUAAUUAUUAAAAUGUAUUGGAGGACAGUUUGAUUUAUAGGUAAUCUCUUCUUAUAUGGCCUUAUGAAGUUGGCCUAUUGUUUUUAAGAGCUUUGUAAAUUUGCCUCAGAUAAGUUCAAUAGCAACUUCAUUUUGUUCUUUAUAGAUGUUAUUUAUAUGGAGAAUGACAACCGAUUAUAUUUGACAAGUAGUCACUGUUGGCGGGCAGUUGCAUUCAUCCCUGUGAUGUCACUGAAAGGAUCGGGCUUUUUUUUUUUUUUGAGUCAUGAAAGAAAAAAACAAAACAAAGCCGUCUAUUGGCUAUGGGAUCCUAUGGGAAAUGUUGUCACUAAGGACUCAGAAAGGUGCCAGACACUCACCAAUCCAUCCCACAGGGUGGCAGGGACAAGGCGGGACCACCUGCAGUUUCUGCUCUGAAUCAAGUUCUCGUCUUCUUCGAGUUCCAUUAUUUUUUAUGGCUGUGUUGUCUAUUUUUACUUGUAAAUUAAUGACCCUCAAUGGCUGCAGCUUUCUUCUAACUAUGAAGCAAUGUAAAAUUAAAAAGCAGCCCGCGGUUCCUUUCUUGACUCUCUUCCUGACAGGACUGUGCAGACCUAAGCAGAAAGGGAGGCUGUCUCUGAAGCCAGCCGGAACUCAAGGGACCAAGCCAAGGCGCUGAACGUUACCGCAAUCACUGUCUGGGAGGCCCUGGCUGCACUCUCAGAGGUCAGGUCUCAGGCCCUGCUUCGCCACUGGGGUGACCGAUAAUGAGUUCCUCUGGCCAGAGGGGGAAGGCAGAGUGCAAAACACCACUUGUGAUUUCUUUGAAGUCACAAUUUUGUCCUUAAAAUCACUCUGGAUUUGCUUGUGAAUAUAAACAGUAAAAACUUUUGAAUGUUAGAAAACAAUUAAAUUUCUUUUCAGAUCUUUGAAAAACCAUUGACACUCUAAGAAAAUGGCUGGAGCCUCCCCAGUUUGAAAGGCCGGAACCACGGGCUUUCUCUUUAAAUUACAUGCUGAACAUUGCACUGCCGAGCCACUGCCGUUUCUGUCUUCCAGGAAGGGUGGCAUGUAGGAGGGAAGAACUCCUACAGCGCCUUUCUGUCGUCCCAACCACUAUCUUAACAAAUGUGAAUUACCGGAAUGUAGUGAGGGAAAGAUGUCACCAACAGUAUUGCAUGUUAACCAAUCAUAAUUUCGAAAUCUCAGUUUCUCUUAUUGUGUUUUUGACUGUUUCUAAACAGAGUAACUGUACAUAAAAGUUUUCUCUUUUUUGAAAAGAUCCUAUUUUUGAAUAAAACAUUCUUUUUAUAGAAA